AAUGGGAAUAUUCAAAAGGGAGAAUUAAUUACAUAUAAUUUGACAGAGCUAAUUAAACCUGAAGCUUAUGAAGUUCGAUUGACUCCUCUCACUAAAUUUGGUGAAGGAGAUUCGACAAUUCGUGUGAUCAAAUAUAGUGGGGAGUUUCACUGUGGAUUUGAAGAUGGUAACAUUUGUUUGUUCACCCAAGAUGAUACAGACAAUUUUGACUGGACAAAACAAAGUACUGCAACAAGAAAUACGAAAUAUACUCCUAACACAGGGCCUAAUGCUGACCGUAGUGGCUCCAAAGAAGGUUUUUAUAUGUACAUUGAGACAUCUCGACCCAGAUUGGAAGGUGAAAAGGCUCGACUUCUCAGCCCUGUUUUCAGCAUAGCCCCCAAAAAUCCCUAUGGACCUACAAACAGCGCAUAUUGUUUCAGCUUCUUUUAUCAUAUGUAUGGACAACAUAUAGGUGUUUUAAAUGUAUAUCUACGUUUGAAAGGGCAGACAACAAUAGAGAAUCCACUGUGGUCUUCAAGUGGGAAUAAAGGACAGCGAUGGAAUGAGGCUCAUGUUAAUAUCUAUCCAGUUACUUCAUUCCAGCUCAUAUUUGAAGGUAUUCGAGGUCCUGGGAUAGAAGGUGACAUUGCCAUUGAUGAUGUAUCAAUUGCAGAAGGAGAAUGUGCAAAACAAGAUCUAACAACUAAGAAUUCCGUUGAUGGUGCUGUUGGAAUUUUAGUUCAUAUAUGGCUUUUCCCGGUUAUUGUCCUCAUCUCUAUCUUAAGUCCUCGAAGGUGACCUUAUCCCGGCAGAGGCUAUAAACAAUUCACCAGGCACUGGCAUGAAGAAAGAGUCUUUGUAAAUGGACAUUGAGAAAACAAACUACCAAAGAUUCCUCCACUGACUGCUGACUCUAAAAUAAUAAAAACAAAAUUUUUUAAGCACUGGGGAUAAAAAGACAUCAUGGAAGCAUAAUUUAUUCCAAACCACACAUAAAAGAUAAUCUUGACCUGAGUAGAGAAGAGACCUUCAGGUGCUUUGUGGCUAAAAGAUUACAGCGUCAUCUGGUUGAACUCUGGAAAAAUAAAAAAAAUUUUAAAAAAAGGAAAAAAAAAAGAGCUAUAGAAAUCCUCGUCAAAGCACAAAGUCAUGGCUGGUUUUAUUUCAAAUGAAUAGUUUGCUUGUUACCAUGGAAACCUAAUGGCCUGCCAACAAAAACCUCACUGUAAACAGGGUACGUGAAGAGCUGGCAUUUAUUUUCCUUUCAAGAAGGUUUUGCGUAGAGAAUUAAAUAAAUGUAGGCCCUUUUACCUUUGGCUGUUACGUUUCCUUGAAAAUAACCCAAACUCAGAAUUAUUUAAAGCAUUCAUGUUCCUCCCUACCUUAUCCCCGCCCACUUUUAUUACUAUUCUUCUUCUUUUUCCCUCCAUGGCUAAGCUAGAUAACUGUGUGCUGUCUCUUUUUGCAUGCACUACUCUCCAGGACGGUAAACCUGGGCUUACACGUUACACAGGCUUAUCGGAGUUGGCUUGCGGCCACUUGAACACCCAAACUACUGUCAUCUGUUCCAAUGAAGAAACCAAACCACCAUCUUUUAUAAAUUGCCAUGGAAACCAAGUGCCUUCAAUGAAACAAGCCUGAAUAAUUCUCAACUCAGAAGCUUGCACUGCUAAGAGUGGUUUGUGUAAAACUAUUUUCUAAACAAACUACAGAGCCUAAAUGUGCGAAUCACAGGCAAGACAACAGAGCCGCUUCUAAAGAAGAAAGGACCGAAGCUGCUGCGUAAGCCCAUGCAGACCAGAAAUUCCUUGCUUAACCUCCUAGACAGCCAUGGCCUUUCGGCUUAUUGUCCAUUAGAAAAUAACUUUCAUUGAGACCAGACAUGAAAGCAACACUUUUUUCUUCCAGGUUAUUAAAUGGGUCAACCAGAGCAAAAGGUUGUUAAGAUAAUACUUAGUGCAGAAGGUGGUAAAACAUGAAAGUAAUUUUUUUUAACUCUAACCUCCAUUUGAAAUGAAAUUGGCCCUAGCUUGAGAGGGAACAAGAAAAGUGUUUGUGAUUGCAGUGCAUAUCAAACUCUACAGCAGAACUGGGCCUGAAAAAUCUGGCUUUAUUCUAACCACUGAGGGUAAUACGCCUCUGCCCUUUAGUCAGACUCUGUGCAAAUUGUGAAAUAUUAUUUUAUUAUUUUACCAAGAUUAAAAAACACUUUUACAAAAAAAUGAAAACCUGUAAAAAUGAUUUUGAGCUACCUGAGGACAAAUCAUACUCUAACCAGCCAGUUUUCCAAUGCAUUGUAAAUUUCACUUAAAAACCUGUUGGUUAUAAAAAUUUGGAGAUCUUUUUCCUUAAAUUAUCUCAGCUUUUAACUUCAUUUAAAAAGACUUUUGUCUAAAGAAGAGUAUUAUUAUUAUUAUUAUAUGUUCUUUCAACUCCCCAGGAUUAAAAAAAAAACUGAUUAUGCAAGUAAUUGGGAUAUGAGUUUUAAAUUAUAACAUUUGCAAAUAUUCAUACAAAAAGCACAACAAAAUGUAGUGGAAAAAUGAUGAAGCUUGAUUUUUUAAGACAAAUCUGUAGAAAUGUUUGUGCAAAUUCAGUAAUUCAAUUUCAAAUAUAAUUUUACAGCUAUGUUCAAUAAAGCCUCUUUCCAGGUAAGGUA